GCCAUGAUGAUCGCCGCGGAGGAGAUCAAGCUGAUGGACGCCAAAGAGCUGUCCAUGACCUACGCGUAUGGUUCUCCUGAAACUGAGGAGAUCAAGGCGAAGAUCCAGUCUCUUCAAUCCGGGAAUGCCAGGUUCACGGUUCCAGGCGUCAAGAAGAAGAAACUGCAGAAUGUGGCGCAGCAUCGGGAAGACCGGCAGAGGGAUACGCUGGUGAAGAUCUCCAGAAAACGCCCCUGCUGCUCCCGGGUUGAGAGAAGCUUCAUCAUUGACAAUGGCGAGCUGCUGGUCUAUAGGGACCAUCAUCCCAAUGCCAAAGUGAAGGCGAUCUACCAGCUGAAAAAUGCCACCUGCUUCUAUGAGGAGAGGAACUCCUCCGCCCUGCCAAAAUGGCUGGAAGGCUACAGCAAUCGCCUGCGAGUAAUCUGCAACGAAAGAGAGCUGGCGUCCAAGUCUCCGCUGUACUUGUACUCGAAGGAUGAGGCCAAGAUCCACAGAUGGAAGCGGGCAUUCACGCUGGCCAAGGUCCUGGUGUCCGAGAAUGACCGCCGGGCGCUGAAGGUGUCCAUCGGCCGUGCCACCAGCGGGGCCCUGCAGAAGGCCUGGGAUGCCCUGGCGAUGUACUACGGUGAAUAUGCCAAGACAAAAGCGCUGGUCAAGAACAUGGCGAUGCGCCUUAUGAAGGUGGACAUCAGCCGUGGGUGGAUGAAGUUCAAGCUGGUCUACAGGAAGAAGGAGGACGAGCAGAGGCGGCGCAAGGAUCAGCAGAUUUGGGCUGCCCGCUUCAUGUCCGAGAAGCUGACAAAGUUGGGCAGGGCCAAGGCCAAGGAUCUGGCAGAAGUGCGGGAGGGGGUGCUCACGCGCAUCCAGCAGAGGUUCCGCUCCUACCGGGAGGACAUGAUCUUUGACCGCACGUACCCUCUGACCUCGAGCAUGAUGUCCCGGGUGCAGCAGGCCAAAGUCGGCCGGGUGGCGAGCUUCGCCAUGCAGACCGUGUCUGCAGACGAUGUGUGCCACAUGAGUCUUCAGGGAGAGGCCUGGCAGAAGUGGGACAAGGACCGGGACAUCUUCAGGUCCACGCCCUGCUACUCCGCCUUGGACGGGGGCUCUCUGUCUGUGCAGUCGGCUUUGGUCUACGCCUCAGACAACCUCAGCGCUCUCUUCCUGGCGCCGCGGGACGGGGGCGCUGACGCCGUCAGCGCAUUCGACAAGACGGACUGGCCCGGGACUGAGGCCUGCGAAAGGAGCGGACCGCAAGCGCGCCAUGCAAGCACCUGGCUCUUGGGAGGGGCUCAAGUAGAAGGACUAACUCUGAAGGUGCAUCUUUGA